GGGUCUGGCUACUGAUAAGGAGAUACGCAGAGACCUGAAUAGGACCCCUCUAUAAAAGAGCUUCGCUGAGCCAGCUAGCUUCAUUAUUUUUUCCUUCGGAUGCUUGUGUGGCGUCCCCUUUUCCCCUGAUGCUAGGGGGUAUUUUUAUUAAUUUUUACUAAUUUUUAAUAUUCAAAAAGCCAAUUUUACGGGAUGAAUUAUCCACAAUCAGCUGUCGUGCAAAACGAAAAAUAUCAACUACUCAGCCGUUAGCCGUCUACUUGAACAUUUGAUGCUAUUGAAAUACAGACAACUGCCACAGUAAUGAAAAAACUUUAAUUUUUUUUGCAAUAAACGUGUUUAUUUAA